AUGCCCCGCGCUAGGCUCUUCAGCUGCUGGGGUAGCAGGCUCCUGCCCCUGCUGCUGGCCUAUAUCUGCUACCUGCUGCUCGGCGCCACCAUCUUCCAGGCGCUGGAGAAGCAGGCAGAGACUCAGUCCAGGGACCAGUUACAGUUCGAGAAGCUGCGCUUCCUGGAGAACUACACCUGCCUGGACCAGCGGGCCCUGGAGCAGUUUGUGCAGGUCAUCAUGGAAGCCUGGGUGAAGGGCGUGAACCCCAAAGGCAACUCCACCAACCCCAGCAACUGGGACUUCAGCAGCAGCUUAUUCUUUGCCGGCACGGUUGUCACCACCAUAGGAUACGGGAACCUGGCGCCCAGCACGGAGGCAGGCCAGGUCUUCUGUGUCUUCUACGCCCUGGUGGGUAUCCCACUCAAUGUGGUCUUCCUCAACCACCUGGGCAGAGGACUGCGUGCCCACCUGGCCACCCUCGAGGGGUGGGAGGACCAGUCCAAGCGCUCCCAGAUACUGCAGAUCCUGGCCCUGACUCUGUUCCUGAUCCUGGGGUCGGUGCUCAUCCUCAUCUUCCCGCCCAUCGUCUUCAGCCACGUGGAGGGCUGGAGCUUCAGCGAGGGCUUCUACUUUGCCUUCAUCACUCUCAGCACCAUCGGCUUUGGAGACUAUGUCGUCGGCACAGACCCCAACAAGCAUUACAUCUCAGUGUACCGGAGCCUGGCGGUCAUCUGGAUCCUCCUGGGCCUGGCGUGGCUGGCACUGGUCCUCCCACUGGGCCCGCUCCUUCUGCACAGGUGCUCCCAGCUCUGGCUGCCCAGCAGGAGCUUCAGCAUCAAGGAAAGGGGAGCCCCGGAGGCUGAUGGGCUCCCCAGACCUCAGAAGAUCCCCGUCUCUGCAUGAGGCCCCCAAGUGGCCCCAGGAG